AUACAACUUGAUCUGGACAACAAAUUACUUACUGUUCCAAUCCACAGGACUCAACGUAAAGAAUAAUUGUCAAGAAAUAAUGGUCAUGUAAGUUGAUGAAUAUGGCAAAUCGUAAAUGUCAGAGCGCAACAGCCAGCAUAAUGGAUCAAAGACCGAGGUCUUGUCCUCCUUCUCCUCAUGCCCAGGACCCUGGAAGUGAAGAAUCUGUUUAUGAAGAAGUCAUAGUCCCAGAUUUUGUUAACUCACGGAUUUCAAAGAGCAGGCACAUUUCAAACACCCAAGAAGACCAUGACUGUAAUGACAACAGUGGUGAUGGGGACUCUAGUUCUGAUUAUGUGAAUAAUACCUCUGAUGAAGAAUAUGAUGAAGGACUUCCUGAUGAAGAGGAAGGGAUCACCUAUUAUAUACGUUAUUGUCCUGAAGAUGACAGUUAUCUUGAAGGCAUGGACUGCAAUGGAGAGGAGUAUAUUCACCAUGAAGAACGCCAUAUAGAAACAGAUGAAUGUGUGGAAGCAGUGGAAGAUGAAUGGACAGAAUCCAAGACACAGCAGCAGCACUGUAUUGAUAGGGAAACAGAAGAAGAAAAUCAAAUGAAUGCAUUAGGGGAGGAUAGUUCUUUGGGGGUGCACGACCAAGUUGAAGAAGCACACUUUCGUGAAAAUGAGGAGGGAUACCAGGACUACUACUCCCCAGAGGCCAAUGGAAACUCACUUCCUCCAUCUCCAUUUCCUAUAAGGAAAAGUGACAGAGAUACAGAAGAAACAGAGGAGGACAUUGAUCAAAUUGUGGCUGAAAUUAAAAUGAGUAUGAGCAUGAGCAGCAUCAAUAGCACAACAGACACAAGUCCAGAGCAUAAUGUCACAGAGAAUGUUGCAAAAGAUAUUAAGGAAAUAUGCGAAAAAGUGGAUUCUGGCCAUUGUGCUAGCAGGCAUGAAGGAAGGCCAAAGUCAUUAAAUAUUCCCUCUGCCUCAAAACCUGCCACUGAACUGCAAAGGGGCUAUAAGGCAAAAGCUAGGACUCCAGAAGAAAGACAGAAGUGGGCGCCAGAACAGGUGUGUAACAGUGUGGAGCAACCAAGGAAACAGCAACGUUCUGACCUCAAUGGACCUGUUGACAAUAACAAUGUUCAGGAGCAGACAAAGAAGGUGACUUCAUUCCCAAGUUUUGUGGAUGUUCCUGGCCCUUGUGAACCUGAAGACCUAAUUGAUGGAAUUAUCUUUGCUGCCAAUUUCUUGGGAUCCACACAGCUGCUGUCAGAACGCAACCCAUCCAAAAACAUCAGAAUGAUGCAGGCCCAAGAAGCUGUCAGCCGUGUCAAGAACUCUGAGGGAGAUUCACAAACAUUAACAGAAGUGGAUCUUUUCAUAUCAACACAGAGGAUUAAAGUUUUAAAUGCAGAUACCCAGGAAACAAUGAUGGACCAUGCACUACGGACAAUAUCUUACAUUGCAGACAUUGGCAACAUUGUUGUUUUAAUGGCCAGACGUCGCAUGCCUAGAUCGGCCUCCCAGGACUGUAUAGAAACAACACCAGGAGCCCAGGAGGGAAAGAAACAGUAUAAGAUGAUAUGCCAUGUAUUUGAAUCUGAGGAUGCACAGCUUAUUGCUCAGUCGAUUGGCCAGGCAUUUAGCGUAGCCUAUCAGGAAUUUUUAAGAGCAAAUGGAAUUAAUCCAGAAGACCUCAGUCAAAAAGAAUACAGUGACAUCAUCAAUACCCAAGAAAUGUACAAUGAUGACCUCAUCCACUUUUCAAAUUCUGCCAACUGCAAAGAGCUGCAAGUGGAAAAGCUCAAAGGUGAAAUCUUAGGCGUGGUAAUAGUGGAGUCUGGCUGGGGAUCUAUUCUACCCACUGUCAUUCUGGCAAAUAUGAUGAAUGGAGGGCCAGCAGCACGUUCCGGAAAACUCAGUAUUGGCGAUCAGAUCAUGUCCAUCAAUGGAACGAGUUUAGUUGGUCUUCCUCUGGCAACUUGUCAAGGGAUAAUAAAGGGCCUAAAGAAUCAAACACAAUUAAAACUGAACAUAGUGAGUUGUCCACCUGUCACCACAGUCCUCAUUAAACGACCUGACCUUAAAUACCAGCUGGGAUUCAGUGUACAGAAUGGAAUAAUCUGCAGCCUCAUGAGGGGUGGAAUAGCUGAGAGAGGUGGAGUAAGAGUCGGACACAGAAUCAUUGAGAUCAAUGGGCAAAGCGUUGUUGCUACUGCCCAUGAAAAUUGUCCAAGCACUAUCCAAUUCCGUCGGAGAGAUUCACAUGAAGACUAUGCCAGCAGCAAUGUUUAGGCUUCUUACUGGACAGGAAACUCCACUCUACAUAUAAGAAGAAGUAGCCAUUGCCACCUGUAACACAUUUGCAGGCAAGAUUAAUGAAUCUGCACUUCAAAGAGACACACCGUGUAUAUAUAUAUAUAUAUAUAUAUAUAUAUAUAUAUAUAUAUAUAUAUAUAUAUAUAUAUAUUCCAUUUCAAACAAGGAUGCAAGGAAUCUCCAUGGCUGAAUGAUACUGCCUUCCUCCCCCUUGCUUUUGCCAAAGGCGAUAACCAAUUCUGAGCAAGUUUACCAUUAACAAAGACAAUCUGUAAAUCAUGAGUAAGACAGUUAAAACUCUUUACACAUCAUAAGUAAAAAUGCUAUUUAUUUGUAAUGUAAAGUAGUGUUAACGUGUAUGUGUAGUACGUUAAAAUGGUGAGGAUGUGAGCCACGUGAUGAUGGAUUAACAAUGGACUUCUCCAGAAAUUUAGAAGAAAAAGUUCCACUUCAGAUCAAUACUGGAAGCCGCAGCCUCAUGAUGGUUCCCUAAAACAAAGGCAUUGUGUACAUUCAAUUAUUUAUAAUGUUUUAUACGAUCAUUAACAAACUAAGCGAUAACCUUCCUGUUUUCAUGUAUUGCUAUAUGUAAUACCUUUAUGGACCACAGAAUUGCACACAGAAGUGCUACAUAUCAUUUUCUAUUCAUUUGUAUUGUACUUUCAAAGCAUUCAAACAUGAUAUUCUUUGAGAUAUUAAUCAAUAAAAGGUAUUACUACUU